AUGAUGGCUAAACCAAGAUUUAGACCGGCUUAUAAUACUAACAGUCGUGAAAAUAUUAUAAACAUGGCAUCCAGAAGCAGUAGUACUUCCAGUAUUGUACAUGGUAAAAUCUUAAGUGAUAAUAACAAUGUCAUUAAUGUGACACCGGCGCAAGGAGCAAGGACUAGCUUUAAUUCAAACAAUUCAUCCCCAAAUUCUAGCUCCUAUGAAGUAAGCAAUGACUGUAAAAAUAACACUGAUGCUAAUAUAGUUAACGUCAAUUAUUCCAAAGUAAAAAAACUAGCCACCACCAACAAAAACAACAGCGGUUUUAUAUCAAGCAAAAACAGAAAACUCAAACAUGUGGAGUACCAAUUAAAAAAUAAAAUAGGACACGGUGCAUAUGGUGUGGUAUACAGAGCAGUCAAUAAAAUAACCAACAAAGAUUUGGCCAUUAAAGUGGUCACCUUUGAAGAUGAUGAAGAAUUAUUAAAUGAUCAUAUGGUUGAAAUCGAUUUACUAAAAAAUUUGAAACACCCAAAUAUAGUCAAGUACCAUGGCUUUAUACAAAAACAAACCAAAUUAUAUAUUUUAUUGGAACUUUGUUCAAAUGGCAGUUUAAGGGACCUAAUAAAAUCAAACGGUGGUCCGCUAAAUGAAAGUACAAGUAUUAACUAUGUUAAACAAACGUUACAAGGCCUAACUUAUUUACAUGAACAGGGUGUCAUUCAUAGAGAUAUAAAAGCAGCUAAUUUGCUAUUAGAUAAUAAAAAUGUCAUCAAAUUAGCUGAUUUUGGUGUUUCCACUAAGGUCACUAAUGUGGCAAUGACCUGUGUGGGAAGUCCCAAUUGGAUGGCUCCCGAAAUAUUGUUGGGACAAGGCGCCACGACUAAGUCAGAUAUAUGGUCUGUUGGAGCAACGGUUGUUGAAAUAUUAACUGGAGACCCACCCUUUUUCAAUUUGAACAGAGAAGCUGUUUGUUACGCAGUAAUGCAUGAUGUUUACCACAUUCCCUCCAAAUUCAAACUAUCUAAAUCCGUCAUACAGUUUAUAGCUAAAUGUUUUGCAAAAAACAUUUUUGAAAGACCAAGUGCAAAAACUUUAUUGGAGGACGAUCCUUGGAUCAACCAAACUGCGAACGGGAAUUUAGUUAAAUUACAAAAAUUGAAAAAAUUUAAAGAGCAUGAUGAAGACGGUAUUUUUUUUAAGGAUUUUGGUGAAGACGGCGAAGAUUUUGGAUCGCCACAUAAGGAGAAGUGUUCGCUAAAUAAUACCGAGGGUGAAGACACCAAUAGUCCAAUUAGUACUGCAAUUGAUUCGUUGUCCAUAAAUAACAUUAGCACAAAUGAAGAUCCGUGUAUGUCAGGCUCUAUCUUACUACAAGAGUUUAAAAAGCAACAAAACUUUAGUGGCAAUACUAUGAAAUGUAUGGACAAAAUAAUAAAAGACUGUGAAAUAUCUCAAAUUACUGGAGUCGUAAUUUAUCUUUUAUACUCACGAAAGGAUACUGUGAUUAUUGGAUUAUUUGAACUUUUUGUGUUGGCUUACAAAUCCAAAAAAACCGACUUUUUGGUCGAAUUUAACAAGAGUUAUGGUAUGCCCUUACUAAUAGAUUAUAUAUGUUUUUUGAAGCAGAUAAAAGAUGAAAAAAAAGAUGCGCUAAAAUGGUUGAAAUUAUUAAACAAUCUUGAAAGUAUUUGUAAUUUCCCCAUUUUAAAAGACACCAGUGCUAUAAAGCUAGUAGAUAUAGAGCUUUGCGAUAACUUUGAAAUGAUCAAAUUUGUUAUACAUCUAUCUGUAUUUUUAAUUAAUUGCAAUACUAAAAUAUACUCUGAACUAGUCGGGAACAAAUGGUUGCCUGCAGUUUUGAAAAAUUUAAAAAAAGUUCAUGAUGUUAAUGAUAAGACUUCAAUACAAAUAAUUAAGGAUUGUCAAUACUUAUUGUAUGAAACUACACAAAACGGUAUAUCUAUUGGAGAGAAUCUUUUAAGAGAAAUGACACAUCAUUCUAGUUGGAACCAUACUGUUUUAAAAUGCUUAAAUAAUUUAACAAAAGUGGACACAAACCAUAACAAUAUACAAGCAUUACUGUUAGCAUCGCAUUCGUUGGGAAUAUCAGAAUCAUCUUCGGCUACCGGAUCAAAUACGUAUAAUAUAUCUUCGUAUGUAUUUCAAUGGUUAACAAAUGUGAUUUUGCCCACCAUUAAAACGAAAUUAGAAAACUUGGAUGCUUCUAAUAAACAACUCUCAAAAUCAGAUUUUAAAACAACGAGAUAUUUUAUUGAACUAGUCUAUAACAUAUCACACACAAACCAAACUUACAAAACGCAACUAAUUUCAAACAUAGAUAUGCCUGUUGUUUGUAAAGAUUUUUUGAGAAUCCAUAAAAAUAUUCCACAAGAUAGUAUUACGCAUUAUUCGUAUUUGAUCAAGUUUGUUAUUAGACUAAGUGCUGAAUUAACUAGUGAAAUCAGCUUGAAAAAUACUCAGGAUUUGUUAAUUAAAUACUGUGAGACUGCGUUUACGUUUUUGGAUGAAUUUCCAGAAUCUACUUAUACAUGGUGUGCUAUUGAAGUAUUAAGCAACUGUUUGCCUAAGAUAACAAAUUUGGAGUUUUCACCAACUGAAAUCAUAUUACCUACCAGUGGCACUAAAGUUAAAAAAUAUAGCAUAAAUUCUAUAGUUUUCCCCCUUUUCAAUGAUAGAUUAUUAAACAGCCAGGAUUUUGAAAAUGUUUUCAAAAAAUUGAAUAAAUUAUUAAUGGCGUUAACAACUAUCCAAAAGGCAAACGAUGAGCACCAACAAGACAAACGUUAUAGUAAUAAUUUUAUAAUGAACGAUUUUUUCCAAGAUGAUAAAUACAUUGGGAUAAGUUCAAAAUUAUCUAGUACCAAUAUUCAUGGCUUAGAAGCGGAUACUUCUAACGAUCUAAAUUAUAUUUCACCUAUUGCACAAUUAAUUGUCGGGAACCCUCAAUUUGUUAUUGUAGUGGUUAAAAUUUUGGAGAAAUUCAAGGGCAGUUUAAUUAUUCAAAUUGACUUUUUAAAAUUCUUGAAGAAUGUUUUUUGGCAAUACGUUGAAUAUAGGUUCACAGAAUAUACGAAAAAAGAAAGGGAGCAAUCUUCAAUGGUAGCAGAUAAGAGUGGACAAAAUAAUAAAAAAAUAGAUUACUUACAGAUAGCUUUAAAGGCGCAAAACAAGUAUACGUCUAAUAACUUUAGAAACAGUGAUCAAAACCACUUUUUUUUAAAAGCAAGAACACAUAAUUUGAGAGACGUGAAUGAUAUUUUAAUUAAGUUAUGGGAAAAUGAAAGUACUAGGGUUGGAUAUAAUUCUAUUUUAAUCAAACAAUUAGUUAAAGAUAUUAAUAAGAUAUAUAAUGAAUCUAUAACAUUUGCAUAA